AUGCCUGACGCAGAGAGCCCUGCCUCUGGUACUGGUAGCGUUGCUGCCGUGGUGCAUCUUUCUUGUUCCAGGGCUGUGGACGUGGCCGUGGACUCGACUUCCACUGCCGGUGAUGUUAUCAAUGCAGUGCAGGCGAAGACUCCUGAAGACCCUCAGCAUGGGAACAUUUUGCUGUCACGUGGGCCAGAAAAGUUUGCGGCCACGGACAAGGUUCUGCCGGAGUCGGAGAGCGAGCCUGGCCAAGCGUGGGCCCUGGCAAACUAUGGGCACUUACAUUCAGCACGAAGUCCGCUUCAUCAUAUCCCGACCGAACGCAGCGGCAUCACCAUUCCACAAAUUCAGGCCCUGCUGGGCUUCAUGCAAAGUAUGGUGAAUUUUUGGGCCGGUACUUUUGGGGCGGAGCGUGCACGACCUCUGUCUUUCGAGCAAUUCAACUUGUAUCAUGCGGACUACUGGAUCCUGCGGCCCGCAACUGCAGGAAAAGGCGGGAUCGGCUGCAGCUACGUGGAGUUGGUGGCAGAGAGCGCAGAGGCACAACAACCUACCUGGUUUGUGUCACAUGCUUGGGUGGAACCGAUCGUGCUGUUCCUGCGAUGCUUGCGCCGCCACGCCGACGUGCGAGAUUUGAAAGGAGAGUCUGUCUACUGGGUCUGUGCCUAUGCCAACAACCAGCAUGUGGAACACUCCUCCAAGCUUUAUUUGGACGUGGCCGCAACAGCCGGUGAUGUGGCCUGCCUCGUGACGGAUGGUGUUGCAGGGAGAGAGGCCAAGCUGCUGCCCAUUCUGGGCCUUCUUGAGAAAGCGCGGCGAGAAGAGGCUUUCCCAGCAGAGCUGCUACAACGAGGACUGGCAGUGAGCAUCGAGCUUGCGCAGGCUUCCCAGGAUCAGGACAAGAUACGGAUCUUGAAUAGCAUCGCUUGUCCUCGGGCAGUGACGCGGAUCCUGGAUGAGCUCCCACCGGAGAAUCACGCUAGCUACAGCGUGGUGAACCGAGCGCUUGCAAGCCACUUUGCGGUGAGCGGCCUCUACGCAUGCCAUGCUCAGAACCGGGAUGCAAGUGCGCUCUUGGCUGCACUCUGUGCAGACACCGAGCGCUUGACAGUGCAGCUCUCACUCACUGGCUGCAAGCACUUCAGAGAUGCAGAGCAGCGAGCUCUGAUGGCUCACCUGCCGACAGCACUUCAGAGCCUUCGCCUGGAUCUUGGCCACACAGGGCUUGAAAGUUUCCAAGCCAAUGAGGGCCUUUGCCCGCAGCUGCGGAUCCUGCAGCUUCGAUUCUCGGGACCAUACCUGAGAGAAGCCAAAGGCAUAGCGCCUCUACUUGGGGCCCCAACCCUGCGCGAUCUGGAGCUCUGGUUUACAAGCCUUCCCCUGCUUGAAGACCUCCAUUUCACCGAAGCCCUGCUACUUGCCUUCGCGAGAUCCCAGGUACCCUUGACUUCCAAGCAAGCAUUGCGCCUUGGCAGUGUUAACUUGCCGCACAGCGCCGGGCGAAAGCUCCAGAGACAUGACAGCGAGCUGCAGAUGUGGCUUUGCAUCGAGGAGCUGGGACUCUGCGGGCAGAGCAAAUCCCAACGACGCGUCGCUCGCGUGGUUCGCUUCGCGGGGUCGCUGCACACCGACUCUCUGCAGUGUUGCGAGGAUGUAGCUUCGUGGAUGCAGCAGCUGCGGACGGCAAUCGAGUCCAAGGCUUUUAGCUUUACUUGUGCGGCAGCGCCAGUGCCGGAGCCGCAACCAGUGCCCCUGCGAAGCCGCGAGGUGCCAGAGAAGUGUGCCCGAAAGCUGAUCGGCUGCCGAGGCUUCGGAAUGCUUUGGGCUCCCAAGCUGCCUUUGCUCUCUUCUGACUCCUCUGUGCGUGGAGGCUCUUCAAAACCCAGCGCGCGGCGAAGCACGGUCCAGAUGGAGAUGCACAAGAUCCAUGAUCGGGACACGAAGAUGCACCACAUGACUGGGUAUUGUGACGAGCACUACUUCUGCAGACUCUGGCGGGGCUUCUUAGACAACUUCCAAGAGGCCCGCCGAUACUUCGAGCUGGCGUUGAUUUUCUUUGUGCAGGCAGCGGCCGACAUCGACUCCAAAGGUCUGCUGCUGCUCAUCCUGCUCUCCCUGUAUCCAGUUCUGGUCUUCGGCCUGGCGGACGUGAGCGGCUUCUCCGUCUCCUCGCUCUCUGCACUGUUGCUGGCUCUGCUUGUCGCCUCCUUCUCCUACGCCAGCUUCCGCUUUGACCAAAUGCAACGCGCCACGCUGGAGUUGUCUCUGUCGCUGGAGGGCUUCUACUCGCAGGUGCUGGGGGAGGACGAGUGCAUACGCCACGCCUCGCUGGUUUUCGGUGUGGCUGGGGACAGCUAUCCUAGCGUUGACGAGGUGCGGCAGGAGCGCGAUGCUAAGAACAACAAGAAGACCAACUUCCUGCGCGCGCAGCAGCACCUUCCCAGCUUCCAGAAAGCGGUGCAGAAAGUUGUGAGGGCUGUGGGCGCAGAAGACAUGGAAGCACAGAUCAAGUGCGGAGACGAGUCUUUUCUCGUCUCUGAUGGGUGUGAAGGGGCAGUGGACGUCCUGCACUGCGACAUCUAUUGCAACGACCUCCGGCACGUGCGGCAGACAUGGAAUGAGCUUAGCAGGUGCUUCCACAGCGAGGAGGAGCCCAUCUACAUCGUUGCCUUACGAGAUGGCUUUGCAGAAGAGGACAGUCAGCGCAGGUGCUGUGAAGUCGUCCUUGGUAUCGAGGGCUAUCUUGCCACCGUGCGGCUCUUGGAGAAGUCGUUGGCCAAGGCAGAACAGAAGCUUGCAGGCCUCUGCCGCGUUGCGAAGAAGUUUGGCCUUCUGGUCGAGUCCCGGCCUCGCACCGGGGGCCAGGAUCGAAAAGGCCAGGCCAAGGCUGCAAAGAGUUCGGCCAGGCGGCCCUCCGUUUUCCUUACCGUCACCUUGGGCCUGGUAAGAGUCACGGCUCUUCUCUGCAGCGCCUACUUUGCAGCGCAGUAUUUCCUUCGCCAUGCGCCGCCAAACCUGCGCGAGACUCUGCCAGAACCCCUCCGUGAAUUCCUGAGCCUCCACGUGUCCAUGGACGAGGAGGACAGGUCCUGGUUCGACGUCGUUAGCCUGGCGCUUCCCUACGUCGUGCUCAUCUUGGUGUUCAGUGGCUUGUCUGCAAUCAUGAAAACAAGUUUUGUGACAGGAAGUCACGACCUUGCCCGGUGCCGUCGCCAAAGGCUGAAGCCUUCGCAGAUCAUCUUUGAGAGACACUUUGGAGUUCAUGGCAACUGUUACGUGAUCAAGGUCGCGCUGAUGCAAGUACUGACUGUGCUCCUGCAAGCCUUCGGCAAGGUGCAGCUCCUUGGAGGUACCGUCGCCUUCGGGAUGUACCAGGAUGUCCCUGCAGCUCAAGUGCUGAAGAAGCUCUUUUGGAUCUUCUGGGCACUCCUGGCAUUGAACAGCAUCUACCCGAGCUUUCUCUUUGCGCGGCCCGAUCUUCGAUGCUGUCGCUAUGGUGCCGCAGUCAUGGAUGUCGUGCUGGACCUGGGGUACAGCAUUACCUACUUGUGUAUGGUGGUGACCGCCAUGUCCGAGCUCACGUUGGAGACAAGCGUGAGUGGCAACUUCGGAGAUGCGGCGGAGCUGGGCUUCAGAAACAGCAUCAGCCCCGCCUUUGCCUUCCCGGCGGACAUCCUGCCAUACAUGGCCGUGUACAUGAGCCUGGCGCAUAUCUGCUGUGCCUGUCGCGCCGUCGAGCGGGCUAAGCAGCUGGGUGCGGAGGGCCCAGCGCAGCCUUCAGAGAAGAUGGCUCCUGACAUGCGCCGCUCUGCUCGUUCUGGCUUCUGGUUG